AUGCUCGACGACGAGCUGCAAUCCGCCCUCGAUCGGCGAGCUGCCAAAGGUACGCUUCGAAAUCUCACGGUCUACCCCACCACCCCAUCCUCAUCUUCCUCUUCGACAUCCUCCCCUCAACAACCGGCGCUGGUCGAUUUCUCGAGCAACGACUAUCUCAGCCUCGCCACUUCCUCUCGCGUUCGUUCCGACUUUGUCUCGAUCGUCACCCGCAAUCCAGCACUGUCGUCUCAACUCGGUAGCGCAGGCUCACGGCUGCUCGACGGCAACUCCUCCAUCCACGAGCAGAUCGAAUACCAACUUACCUCCCACUUCGCAUCCUCUUCCGCCGGCCUCCUCUUCAAUUCCGGCUACGAGGCUAAUGUUUCCCUCUUGAGCACGCUACCUCAACCCAAGGACGUGGUGAUCUACGACGAACUCGUGCACGCAUCCGUACACGAUGGGUUGCGAAGAUCUCGUGUCCCCGCUCGCCUUCGCAUUCCCUUCCGACACAAUUCGACCGAACACCUCGAGCAGAUCCUGGAAAGCUUGACGCGGGAUGGAACACUGACCGCGGGAUCAAGCAAUGGUGCGGGCGAGAGGAACGUGUGGUUGGCGGUGGAAAGCGUCUAUUCGAUGGACGGCGAUGCGUGCCCGUUGAACGCGCUGCUGGACGUCAUGUCGAGGUACGUCGAUGACCGAAGGAUAUGUGGUGUUGUCGAUGAAGCGCACUCCACUGCUCUGUAUGGAGAACGCGGGCGUGGGUUGGUCAACGCCCUAGGACUGCAACGAGACCCCAGGAUUGCCGCGCGACUCAUGACGUUCGGAAAGGCGUGGGGUGCAAGUGGAGCCAUCGUGCUGUGCAGUCAAGUAGCUCGUCACUACUUGAUCAACUACGCCAGACCGUUGAUCUUCAGCACUGCAUUGGGCUAUCCGCAGCUCGCGUCCAUCAUGGCUUCUUUUAACUCGAUCCAAGACGGCACUGCACAACGUGCAGCACGCAAAACGUUUGCCAACUCGAGACGGCUAGUUGAUGGAUUCGAAGCUGUGAUCCGAACGCAAAGGGUUGGGGACAAGAGAAGCGUUGCUCUACCCCCUCAUCUCAAGCCUGCGUCUCCAAGUCCGGAUUCGGCGAAGCAUGGUUUGGAAGCGGGGAAGGACGAUUUCGUGGGCUGGUCGAUGCAACAACCAUCACCGAUCAUUCCGCUGCUCACAGCUGACGCUAGGGAACUCGCGGCGCAUUUGAGGGCGAACGGGUUGCUGGCUAGGCCCAUUUGCUAUCCCACGGUACCCAAGGGCGAAGAUAGGGUGAGGAUCUGCGUUCAUGCGGACAAUGCAGCCGAGGAUAUCGACCGACUCAUCGAGUGCGUUCGACAGUGGGUGGGAGGCACCUCGUCGCCACAGCCGGUCGUCAGAAGCUCCGCAAAUGACGGCCGACCGACGACGAGGACGGCUCAAUUGCUCGCAUCCAAGUUGUGA